GAUAACCAGGAUACUCAAGUGGUCUUGCAAAGAGCUACACCGGUCUCCGCGCCUUGGGGCAUGGUGGACCCGCUGUUCAAGGACCUGAGUCAGCUGUCGCGGUUCUACAUUGUGCAUUUCAACCAGAACCUUGCCAACUAUCUCACCCUCUACUCCGAGACCGGCAACCCGUACCGUGACCUCAUUCCCCUGGUCGGGGACUCUCCUCUCCUCGCCCACGUCCUUGCUGCCACCGGUGCCUUGCAUUAUGCCAUCCUGGCGAGCGGGGACUUUUCCCUGACGCCAUGGUUGUCGGAAGGUUCUCCCGCAGACCGCACAUCCCUGUCUCCUGAAGAGGUAGAAAAGUCCGUGAUCACCUCCAUGUCUCGGCGUCCGUCGUCCAAGGUGUAUGAACAUUUUCUCGGACUCAAGCAGCGCGCCCUAGGGCAAUUAUCGAGCGACAUUCAGGAUCCCGUCUUGCGCAAUGAUAACAGAACCCUCGCUGCGAUCACCGUGCUCGCUUUGAUGGAUGCUAUUGAAUCGGGGGAUGGUGCCUGGAAGUUCCACCUCGAAGGGGCCAAGAAGCUGCUUAAAGGCCGCCAAGAACAGGGGGCCUCCAGUCCGCCUCAAUGCCUUGUCAAAUGGCUGGAAGAUUUUGCUGUCGAUGGCAUUCUCCUCAUCCAACUCAUGGGCUCCACCCUCGCUCGCCCAGGGUCCCUAUCCAAACCUUUCUACACCUCCAGCAUGGGCCCCGCCAUGCUCAAGCGUCUCGAAGAAACCUCCUACGUCGGCUGUCCAGCCUAUCUCCUCGAAGUCAUCCUGCUCAUCCACGCCGGUCUCUACUUCGACCCGGACGUCGACCCCAACUCGCAACCCUCCAUGAUCUUCACCUCUGCCUUCCUCUCCCAAGACUCUAACCCGCUCCAAUCCCCCGGCGCUCUCCUCCAACACAUCCAAGCCUUCGACCCCUAUGCCUGGGCCGAGUCCAUGCAAAGCUGCUACUACCUCGCAGACCUGUCCAUGCGAACCGCCCUGGCAACCGUCUUCAAAGGCGCUGUCUACCUCUACGCCAGCCGUGUUCUCUCCCGACCGCGUCCCGGCGCCGCAACCAUCCCCAACCACUUCGGUCUCCCCUCCGACCACGCCGAAGUGGCCGACCUGAUCAUUCGCAAAAUCGCUCUCAUCCCUAUCGAAGAUCCCCACUUCAAAUGCCUCAUCUGGCCCACCUUCAUUGCUGGCGCGGAAUGCAGAGACCCCGUCCAGCGACCCUUUGUACUCAACAAGUUGCGCGCGUUGUAUUUUAACAUCACCAGUGUGAAUGUCCGCAAUGCAGCUUGGGUUUUGAGCUUGAUGUGGCAGAAACAGGAUCAGAAGAAGGCUGAGAAGCAGCAGCAGCAGCAACGGCCUACCACUGAUAUUCAUUCCCAUGACGAUAAUAAUGAUGAUGACGAUGACUUUGAUUGGAUUCAGGAAUUGGAUAAUUCUAGGAUCGACUGGUUGUUUAUAUAAGAAGUUACCUUUUUUUAACACUUCUUUAUUUUAUUUUUUUUCUUACCCUUUCAUGUGAGGAGGGAUAUAAGAUAAUCUUUCAUUAUUGCCCUUCGGGGAAGAUAUCCAUAUUUCCACUUGUUGUAUAUAGAUGGAUAUAAUUUUAAUAAUAUACAGUGCACCUUCAC